AUGUUUAUCAAUAUUGAUGGUUCUCCAUUAGAAAAAUGGGACCCCAAAGACUAUGUGAAAUCGUGGAUGAUUAAUUAUAAAUCUGCAAAAGACACAAGAACUAAAUUAUGUCGAUCAGCUAUUGAUGAAAAUAGUGAAAAUAAAUCAAAUCUUUGA